CCCCCCCCCCCAAUGCUAGGCCUAGAGAGUGCCCGAGAGAGUGUUUGUCAUGAGCAACACGAGGACAUGCUCAGAUAAACUUUCUUUCGGCUAUCUAAUUGCCUCAGGAUAAAUAUCACCUUCAGUCGCUUCGCGCAAUGCAAUGCGUGUGCCCAGACACGACAAGCAAUCAGAUCCCGGUCGAGGGAAUUUGCAAUUCUCCAACACGAAUACUUCUGCCCCGGGGAUGUCCUAUGGUCACAGACACCUCCCUCAGCGGGAUGGUAUUGCGAAUUUCGCCCCUGGAAGCCCAAUUGACCCACGGGAUGAGGCCAGAAUGGGUUCCAUCGACCCCGUGAGACAGAGGUCGCCAAUGCAUAGCUUCCUAAGAGGAGCCUGAUUGUACAACCUGUCGGGUGGACCUCAGAUUCUCGCCUCGUAGAUUCUGGACACCGACUUUCAGACCCUCACUAGUCUAUCGUACUGUUUCGGGCAACUACGGUAGACAUUCUGGGUAAGGUUCACCCCUCAAAGCUUAGGUAGGUUCAGCGCCGGCAAUCGCUUACUUAGUAUAUCAUAGUACAGCCGCUGCGGAGGAAUGUUUUCGGAGUUUGAAGCUCCGGGACGAUGAAUCAAGUCGGAUUUGGAGAUGAGAACAACCACUGUCUCCCUGCUGGUGUCACAUUAAGUACCUACUGGUCAAAGGAAGAGUGUAGAAUUUGGUGGUGCCAGAAGACUGCUUCCUCUAACUCAUUGACUCAGCUUUGACUGAUUCAGAUCUGUGGCAGCUGAUCAUAUCAAUUGUCGAACCGCAGCCAAGAAAGGUCUCGGUGUAACCAUGGCCGCCACAUCCUCCGUACAGUGGCCAGCAACACCGGUCCCGGAAGAGGUAAAGGACCUCAUCAAUCUGUUCUUCGAACUGGGAGACACCAAAGAUGCCAGUGCUGGACCGUCGAUGGCGGACAAAGUUUUCAGCCAUGGAGGUGAAAUGGUGAGGGCGACCGGCACAGUAAAGGGAAACGAGCAAAUCGCCAGGUCCCGAGACAAGGCUUGGGAUGUCAUUGCCUUCCGCAAGCACAUGAUUGAGAAGGUCUUUGUUGGUGACAAGGACGGUAAGGACCUGAUUGUCAUGGGCACUCUGGAGAAUUAUACCAAGGAGAAUCAGAACUCCACCUUCCAGGAGUUUGCGGCCCGAUUCAUGGUAGAAGGAGAAGGCGCGACUGCGAGGGUCAAGAGCUACCAGGCUUGGCUUGGUCGCAUUCUCUCUUCAAUCGAUUUUUAUAGAAAACCUCACUUUUAAGGUGGUUUAGGAAGUGGGGGUACGUGUUCCACUGAGAAUACACACACCAGAGAGAGACGUAUCAGGAGGUUGCAGUUGUCUAUCUUCUU